AUGGCGCCCCCAGCGAGGGCCGCGAGCCUCGCGGCGCUUCCUCGAUCGAUUCUAGAGUACAUAUUCACAUUUCUUGACUUCAACUCUUUGAGGAACUGCGCACUGGUGUGUCGUCGCUUCCACGUCCUGUUGUCCGAUGAAAAUGGUGAAGUGUGGAGACUCCAGUGCGCGCGGCGACUCGCCCCCGACGCCCUGCAAUCCGAACUUCUGUCAGAUGCCCCAACGUACAAAGCCAAAUUACGGGGUCUCUAUCAUGCGUGGGACCCUGCAGAAUGCUCUCGGAACGUCUACGUCAAAGCGAAUGGGUUCACCAUUCAUCGGAAUCCUGUAGCACAAUCGACCGAUGCCGCCAAAGGCAAGAUAGGUUUUCGGAGCGGUCGCCACUGCUGGGAGGUCUGGUGGGAAGGCCCUCUGGGCACGGUGGCUGUCAUAGGAGUUUCGACGAAGGAAGCCCCGGUUCACUGUCAGGGAUACGUCGCGCUCAUGGGUUCGAAUGCAGAAUCAUGGGGUUGGAACCUCGUUGAUAAUGUGCUGCUCCAUAAUGGUGACUGCCACGGUACCUAUCCGCAUCUCAACAAUCCACAAAAGUAUCAGGUUGGCGAACGCAUCCGCGUCAUCUUGGAUUGCGAAGACCAGACCCUAUCCUUCGAGAGACAAAACGCCGAGUUCUUGGGGGUCGCGUUCCGGAAACUUCCUGAGGGCACAAAACUCUAUCCUGCUGUAUCGGCGGUUUAUGGGAACACUGAAGUGUCCAUGGUCUAUCUCGGUCAACCUUUGGACGGCUAG